AUGAAAGCCUUUUCCUACGAGAAUCCCACCGACAGUCUUCAGCUGAAAGACCUGCUCGUCCCAGAGCCGGAUGAUGACAGCGUUCUCAUUGAGGUCAAGGCUGCAGGAAUCUGCCACUCAGAUUGCCACAUCAUCAGCGGCCAUGGAGACGACUACAUCGCCAAGAAGCCAAUUGUGCUCGGCCACGAAGUCGCGGGGAUGAUUAAGAACCUCGGUCGAAAUGUUUCUGGCUUUCAGAUCGGAGACGCCGUCACCCUCGCGCUCCUAAUGCACCCUGUCUCUGAACGCGUCAGCGGCGCCUACGUCGGGUUGAGUUUCGAUGGCGGCUAUGGCCAAUAUGUCGUCGCGCCACAGAAGAUUCUCGUUAAAAUCCCUGAGGGUAUUUCUUUCGCACAAGCUGCCGUUGCGACAGAUGCGUUGGCGACUUCUUAUCACGCUGUCGUGGGAGAGGGCAGCGCUCGGCCUGGAUUGACGGUGGGCGUCGUUGGACUCGGUGGACUGGGCAUGCAUGGACUUCAAUUUGCCUGUCUAAAAGGAUCUACGGUGUAUGGUUUCGAUGUUAAUGAGGCCAAGUUUGAUCAAGCAAAGAGCUACGGGGCGAAGGAUUGUUUCACGUCACUUGAGGAUGUAACCAAUGCUGAUAUAGCAUUUGAUGUUAUUGUUGACUUUGUGGGCCACUCUACAACCACUUCAACUGCGAUCAAGGCUGUGAAACCAGGUGGCAAAGUCGUCACUGUUGGUCUUGCGUCGUCGGACGUCACGAUUCCAUCGAAUACGGGUUCGGGGUACAUCCUCAAGGGCGUAACUAUCGUUGGAUCCAUCGGCGCGUCAAUGCAGGACUUGAAGGAUGUUCUGACACUUCUAGCCGAGGGUGCUAUUAAGCCUGAGCUUACGGAGGUUGCCUUUGAGGAAAUACCAGAGACUAUCAAGCGGCUGGCAGAGGGAACUGUGACAGGUCGAGUUUGGACGGACCCAAGCAAGGCUAUAAGUUGA